AUGAAUGGGGGUAGAUUCUCUAAUUCUGCUGUUUCCUUAAACGGCGUAGUUUAUUCAGUGGGUGGACGUGAUGGCAUAAAUGAAUUGAGUACUGCUGAAUGUUAUGAUCCUGUCGAUAAGCAAUGGAAGGACAUAGCACCAAUGAAUAAUUCUCGGAUUGAUUUUGGCAUUUGCACGUACGAUGGUCUAGUAUAUGUUGUUGGUGGAAAUGAGAAUUCCAAAGUAGAAAGCUAUGAUCCUGCAACCAACAAAUGGCGCUUGUGUCAGAAUAUCCCUGAACCACAUGUGGACACAUAUUAUGAUCGGGCAACAGUGGCAGAAAAUACUAUUUACAUUCUGACCCCAGCAACUAAUGGCAGUGAAGUACUUCAUCGAUUUGACCCGAGAGAUAGAAUGUGGUAUAAAUUAAAUGAGAUGCCAGCAACACCUGUUCGAUAUGAAUUCAUGUCAUAUGAUCGCGUAUUGUUUGCCAUUGGAGACAGCGAGUGCAAACGGCUAGACAUACGAGUGAAUAAGUGGGAACCUAUGUCCCACAUGUUGUCCAAUAGGAAUGGUUUCUCGGCCGUGAUAGCCGGAAAAUAUAUUUAUGUGUUGGGCGGUAGAAAAGAAUAUAGCUUACAGUGGAUUACGAGCGUGGAACGCUUUAACAUAUGUAACAAUGAGUGGACAAUAGUGGAUUCAUUAGAAAUGGAAUGCUUUGACGGGCGAGCUGCAGUUCUCAGCGGAGAAUUUGAUUUCAAUUAA